UUGACACCAUGAGCGAAAUGCUAAUGCUAUCACAUAGGCUACUGCUGCGAGGCUAGCAACACAACAAAUACAGUAAAUAAAAUAACUUGAACUCCGUUUUUAAUCUGUAACUUUACAUCAUCCCACGCGAAAAACGGAGAGUUAAAAUCCGUUAAAUGUGGGGUGAAAGUUUUUGAUUUUUGCUGUAUUUGUAGUCGGGUGGAUCUGUUAAAGUUUAGCUGAUGCUUGUUUUACUUUCAACAAAGUUUACACAUAAAUAUGUGGGACAUUAUACUGCGAAAUAUUUUCCACUGAUUGCAAAAAUACCGUUAACAUAAUAAAGUUGCUACAGAUUCAAUCGUCACAAUCCCUAAACCCAUUCUACAUUAAGAGAAUGACUGUUUGCUUUGUGCUGGGAAUGAAACCAGGAAGCCUGGUGGCUGGAUCUAGGUAUCAAAUGGUCCUUUGAAGAAGCCAUGGGAAGCUGUUUUAGCUGUCCAGAUAAAGAAUCAAUCCCUGAUAUUCACCAAAGUAAAUUUAAGGUGGUGAACGUGGAUGAUGAUGGGAAUGAGCUGGGAGCAGGAAUCAUGGAGCUGACAGAGGACGAGCUGGUCCUACGCACACGGAAAUGUGAGGCUGUGAAGUGGCCUUACCUUUGUCUGCGUCGCUAUGGCUAUGAUUCAAACCUAUUUUCCUUUGAGAGUGGCCGUCGCUGCCAGACUGGUCAAGGGAUCUUUGCCUUCAAGUGUUCACGUGCUGAAGAGAUCUUCAACAUGUUGCAGGACAUCAUGCAUAAUAACAGCAUCAGUGUUGUAGAGGAACCUGUGUUUGAGCCCAUCCUCGCACAAGCUGAAUCGGACCUUCCCGUAACACCACACACUCCUACCACUCCUGGAAACGUACUCCCUACCAUACCCAAUGGCAGCUUAAGGUAUCCCUCUCUGGGGGAUGUAUCCUCUCACCCGUCUAGUCGGCAUCCAUCUGUUGGAAGCACAUGCCAGCCCUCACUGGGCGAGGAGUCUACACACCCUCUUUUAAUUGCAGAAGAGGCUGUUAGAGGGCACACCUAUGUAAACACCACCGGGCUACUGGAGCAGCACAGCCCGAGUCAGUCUGAUGUUCCUCUGGACACAAGUGUUUCAUUACAUAAUGGAGAGGAUGCGCCCCCUCUGGAGGCACCGGAACCUGGGCCUCGAGUGCAGCUGGAGCCAGAAUGUGUUCGGUUUGUGUUGGGCCCAACUCCUGUGCAGAGGCAGAGGCAGAGAGAGGCAUCAGUGUCAGUACAGCAGUGUGCAGACAGCAGGCUGAGCAGUUCAGCCCAAAACUAUGUUGGCAGUAUUUCACAACAUAAGAAUGAAGGCAACACAGAUGCGUUUGAAAGCAUUAGGACGCUUGAGGACACAUCCACAGCUUCUGAUAAACUCAACUGUUCAUCGUCCUUAGCUCUCUCACGCCGUAGGGGUCGACCACCACCACCACUUACUCCGGAUGCCAAUGUCAACAACUCAGCACAGCGGAGAACAGCAUUAUUGGACUACGAGAACCUCCCAGCCCUACCUCCUUUACGAGAGAACCCGAAGGGUGACUCUGAUGAUGAGGACAGUGAUGUCCACAUAGAACUUAAAUCACAGCCUAUCAACGGCUUCCACAACCACCGGCAGUACAGCCCCGACCCAACGCACUACUACAUCAACACAGAGAAUGUGACGGCCCCACUCAGCGCUAACAAGGUGGAGUCGGCCCGCUGGCGGGACCGCUCUACCACAACCUUCUUUAACUUUGAUUUCCGCCGAACAUGCCAAGAGUCUCACAGACUGAACUACAUUGAGGUCGAGACUGAGAUGGAAAACUCAAGCAACCCUCAGACCCCGAAGACGCCCACUUCACCACUUCCUCAGACCCCCACCCGCAGGACAGAGCUGUAUGCAGUCAUUGACGUAGAGCGCACGGCUGCCAUGUCAAGCCUGCAGAAAGCGUUACCCCGCUAUGACGGUACCUCCAGGAAAACACGCCAUAACAGUGUUGACCUUCCCAUGUAACCUGGAACUGCCUGAAGACACUUUGGUGUUUCUAAAACUGAUUUCGUUUUUAAAGCAGUUAUGAAUGUUGUUGUUUUUUGUAACUCAUGGAGAUUACCUGUAGCUAAAAUGGUGUCUCUCUGUCUCAUGUUCGCUUGAGAAGUUAACAGAGGAGCUUGUCUUAUACCAUCAUUUUAUUCCUAUGGUAAUAUACUACUACUUUUCUUACACUCGUUUUACAAUGCCUGUUUGUCUUUAUUAUGUUAAUAACAUGUUGGACAGCAUUCCAAAAGAUAAUUCAGUAAGGCACAAAUCAGUAUUACUGAUCAAAUGGUGUUGUUUAUUCAUUCCUUUUCGGCUAAUUUUCAGAGUUGUUUUUGAAAUUCACAUUUAAAGACGUCACACACUACAUUUACAUCUUUAAGUUGCAAAGAAGUAGAUUUAAGUUCUUGGCACAAUGAGAGUCUGUUAUGUGAUAUUCAUAUUUUUUGUUCAGAUUCUGUACACCAUGUGCAUGCAUUACACACACACACACACACACACACACACACACAGUACAGUAAAAGGUUUCAAAUAUUGUGUCUCCAUAAGCAACCAGUAUAAACAGCUUUAUCUGAAUAUGACCAGUUCUGAACUUAUUGGUGUCCAUUUAACAUUGUGUAAUAUGCUAGAUUUAAGCUUUGUUAACAGGACUAACUUUACAGAGGAUUUCAACAUUCAAACACCAUUGUGUAUCAGUACUAUUGUUAAUAAUAAUCACAAUAAAAAAAAAAUUUCCCCAAAUAAUA